AUGGCCACGUUCAUUGCCAUGACGCGCGAAUCAGCGAGAAGAAUUGACCGGACGCGCCUUCCAAACGACCCAGCAGGCAAGGAUUUUGUCUGGCACUGGAAUGAAAAGGAUAAGAUGUGGGAGAUUAAAGUAAAAGAAAACUUCCCUGGACCCAAGGUUCUAAUAGUUCCCACAAGAAUUACUGCCCUGAGAAAGAUGACGUACAUAUUCUUAUUGUGCAACAGCUUUAUGCACCUAAACAUUUUUGUACCUUGUGUUAUUCUUACACUAUCUGAGUACUAUAUACAUUCUCACACUGCUAUCCAUAACACGACCUCGUUCUAUUAUCUCGACAAUCACCAGCGCCAUCUUGACGUGAGCGAAACGCCCAUCCUCAGAGGUUCGAACAACUUCGACUCCCUUUCCUCCCCUGCGUUUUCGCUCCCUUACGCUAACCAGAAUGCCGAAGCCCAGCAGCCCCCCGCCUCCCCUCCCCGACCCGCCUCCGCCUCGUUCAUUGCCAGCGUCCGCAAGGCACCCCAAAAGCUCUCGGUUAUGUAUGCCACACAUGGCACAAGCCACUUAUCAGCUGCUGCUACGAUAGUAACACCCUCUACCGACCACGAAGCUGGCUGA